AUGAACCUUGUCACUGAAGCCGGUGAUGUUGCCCUCCAUUUCAAUCCUCGCUACUCACCCACUGGUGGCUACCUUGUUCUCAACACCGGUGCAAUCCAUGGCGGAUGGCACAAUGAAAUUCAUCCUGCUGGGUAUCCAUUUCCCGCUAGUAAUGUGAGGACAAGGGUAACCGCUCGCAUCACCGUCCAAGCAAAUGGUUUUCUAAUAUCAGGUAAUGGUAUUAAUAUUGCACAUUUCCCCUACCGUGCCGGGCUCAGCUACAACACUGUUCGUCACAUAACCUGGAUCACUCCAGCCAAUACCAUUCUGGAGUCGAUGAAAGUCACAUACUAA